AUGUGUAUCCAAUUGACUUGUUGGGACUGCCAAGACGACAUCUUGGGUCGCCCCAAUUACAAACCUUGCCGCAAUCGAUACAAGCUAGGCUUCAUUAAAAUAGGAGAGCGGACAUGCCUAUCCAUUGUCCGUAGGAAUGCUCGUUAUCCGGACGAAGGCGAUGGGCUCUGCAAAAUCUGCCGCAUCAAGCAUCGGGAGGAAGGGGAUGAUGAGAAGCAUCAAGACUUUGAGGCGAAGAUCAGACACCGGCAAUCGGUCCUGAAAGCGGAGCGCUUCAGAGCCUACCAAGAGAGUAUGGCAAAGCAGGACUUCAGCAAUGUGACGGACGUAAUGCUUCAUCAUCUUGGGUCACCACCCUCCCGUAAGGCGCAAGUAUUUGGCGCAGCAGCCCUAGACCAACGCAGACAGGCGGAAAUGAAAAUCGCAGAGAUGGGAAAGGUCCUCCAAGCCAGAGCGUGUGCAGCAAGACCAGAUCUCCAGGGUUUGAAAUCUCGGCAAUCUGCCAAUCCGGAACAGCAAAUGGGAGGAAUGCUUGAUGAUACUCAGCAACACUCACCGAGGACUGCAAAUAUGCUGGAGCAAGUACCAACGCCAGAGCAGCAAGUGUACUUGAAUGAUGUACCUCACCUGAAUUGGUUGGAUACCAAAGUGGAGGCUUCGAUGUAUGACAAAGAGAACGUUCCUGUAGCCUCAUUGCCAGCACUCCAGGCACCAUCGUUACCUUCUGAAACAAUGACAAUUGGUCCGUUGCCGUACAGAGGCGCAAACAGCGAAAAGAGUAUGAUUCAUGUCGACGACUGUCCUGGAGGAGCACCGCAGAACUUUACUCAGACGACUACUACCAAUUUUCUGCCCCACCUAGACCCGGACGGUGAAUUAUCACCUUUUUCAGCGUACGACCGUAGCCCGGAUAUGGCUCAACCGCAACUACCAUCGGCACCUUCUCCAUCACAUAAGCCUGGGAAGUUCCAGACGCUACCUUUCAGGGACAAAGAAGGCUUCAUCCUACAGAUGCACCCUGAGAGGUGGGGAAGCUUUCGAAGAGGCUGUUGA